CGACCAAACAAAAGGGUUGUUGGGGGCCAAAUCGAUCUGAUUCCAAAAGCAAUCGCGGUAGAGAGAGAAAGUAAGAGGGAGGAAAACAAAACAAUGGGGAAGCAACCGGUGAGGAUGAAGGCGGUGGUAUACGCGCUGUCGCCGUUUCAGCAGAAGGUGAUGCCGGGGCUCUGGAACGACUUUACGGGUAAGAUCCACCACAAGGUCUCUGAAAACUGGCACAGCGCCGUUCUUCUUCUCGGUCCUCUUGUCGGCACCUACACGUAUGUCCAGCAUUACCUAGAGAAGGAGAAGUUAGCUCACAGGUACUAAGGAUGUGCAUUGAUUUCAGGAGGAGAGCACAAAAUUUUUCUCAUGUAGUUGCAACUUUAUGCACCUUCAUGGAUUUUCUUUACUAGUUGCAAUCACAUUAACAUUUUGUUAUUAUCUGCUAGAUAUCAAUCUAAAGCGAAUUGCAAAAAAUGUUUUAUGUCUGAUGUUACUAAAAUAAAUUUGUAUGUUCUCACUAAACAAUGUGAUGUGGAAUGUGUUUUACUGCAUGAUAAAUGAAGUUUUUGUUCUUCACAA